GUGAACGCUCUUCCUGAACACCAGCGCUAAGAUACGAUAGCGCCGUUAGUAGAGUGAAAUUGAAACUAAACCGUUUGGCUCGUCAACACGACCAAAGAAAUACAUUAACAAGAGCAAACAAGAAGAGCAUAAAACCGCGACAAAAUAAAUAAAGCGAAUAUAACCGGGUUAAAGAGAAGGCUGACGUCUCGUUUCUGUGUUGUUUGGUUAACGCUAGCUAGCUAACGUAGUGUUAACCGGACGCAAUCUCUUUGUUUUGGUUAAAUAUUUAUAAAGUAAGCAAGAAUUCACAGGCUUGGCUGAGUUUGACUCUCACCUGCACGAACGUCCCUGCUCGGUCUUUAGCUUGACCUGUUUUUAUAAAUUGGCAAGAUAUAAUUUGACAAACCAGUACCAGUAUGUCAAAAUAUAGCGCUUUUCCCGAAGCAGCGGAUGAUCACAAUCCUUUUCAGGAUCCAUCAGUGAUGCAGCAUAGCAGUAACGCUGGCUACGCCACUCUGGACCUUUAUAACCCAUUUGACAACAGCACAGCUGGGCCUCCGCCCCCUUAUGAGGCCACAUCUCCUUCAGCGCUGCCCCCUGCUCAGACACCAACAAGUAGCACCACACCCACUGAACCCAAGAAUUAUGGAUCCUAUGGAACACAGUCUGAAGUCAAGGCCACCACUGCAGAACUGUUACGGAAGCAGGAGGAAUUAGAAAGGAAAGCGAAGGAGCUGGAGAGAAGAGAGCGAGAGCUGGACGCUCAUGCGCUUGGAUCUGGAGCAUCUCGUCAGAAUAAUUGGCCCCCACUGCCCUCCUUCUGUCCGGUGGGACCCUGUUUCUACCAGGACAUUAAUGUGGAGAUCAGCCAAAACUUCCAGCGCACUGUCACCACUAUGUACUACUACUGGAUGUUCACAGCAUGCACUUUGGCCUUUAACCUCUUCUCCUGCUUGGCUAUGUUCUGUGUGGAUCCUGGUAAUGGAGUGGGCUUUGGUCUUGCCAUCCUGUGGGCUCUCCUCUUCACCCCCUGCUCUUUCGUCUGUUGGUACAGGCCUGUGUACAAAGCAUUUAGGAGUGACAGUUCUUUCAACUUCUUUGCAUUCUUUUUCGUCUUCUUCGCCCAGCUGGUGCUUUACGUUAUUAUGACUAUUGGCAUCCCUGGCUGGGGCUUCAGUGGCUGGAUCGUGAGUCUUGCUGCUCUUCGGACCAGCAAGGCGGUGGGUGUGAUCAUGUUGUUAAACUCCGUGCUCUUCACCGCUCAAGCAGCGAUGGGAGUCGUGCUGCUCAAGAGGGUUCAUUCUAUGUACAGGAAGACUGAGGCGAGUUUCCAGAAGGCCCAGGCAGAGUUUGCCACCGGUGUGCUUUCCAAUCAGGCCGUGCGUCAGGCAGCUGCCAGCGCCACUGUCUCUGCGGCACAGGGCGCCUUCACUGCACCCCGGUAGAAAUGAGGCUGAAGAAUCCGAUUAGUUACGCAGCCUUGAAACAAAGUGACUUAGCACUCUUAAACAUAGUUGCAAACCAACAAACACACCCUUACCCUAGACCCUGCAUGCACGACAGAAUAAACGGACUCAUAAUGAGUAUCCGUCGAUGAGGACCUAAGAUCGACUUCUACAAUUCUUAAAAAAGUCAACUGCUCAAAAACAACUAAAUAUCACUGUAAUGUUUUGAAUACCUAAAGCUUGUAAUUGUAAUUUUUAACAUUGCUAGGGCUUGCAGAGUUCUUAAGAUUUGCCACAUCUGCCUUUAGUUUUUUCCCCAACUUUGUUCUUUAUGUAUAAAUAGAUGUAUACGGCCAGGAGUUAUUUCAUUAUUCUGAGAUUACAACCCGAGAAAUUAAAUUUGCCAAUAGCUUUUCUUAAAUGUGAGAGGCGAAUCUCUUGUCACAUUAUAGAGAUUCAUGAUUCAUUUUAUCAGUCUGAAAAUGGGUUGAUUUCUUUCUUUGUAUGCCAGAUAUUAUUUAUGAAAUAGCAUGUUUUGAUGCAAUUAAACUACUGUACUUUCCUCUAGAAAGUGAUACACGCCUACGUGUCAUGAAUUAGCACAGCUGAUAACAUUGUGCUUUGGGAUAGAAAAUUGAAUUUGACGCAUAAAUAUAAAGUUUCUUACAUGGUAGCAGGCAGUGAUCGCUUCCAACUUGUGUUGCUUUUGUGAUUUUUACGUUGUGUUUAUUCGUCAUUUCUAUCUAACCUUUUGUCUGACACUAAGGUAUAAACCUGAACAUAAGUAUUACUCGGUUGUUUUUAUUUGUUGUGUUUUUUUGCUGCUGUGUUUAUGUCGUAAGUGCCAAUGUGUUCUUUAUUUUUUAUUAAAGUUUAUGAAAACGCA